AUGACAGCGCAUUUGCCUGCCAACGCUUGCAGCUUGCCGGAGUUAGAUUAUGAGGAAGACAUUGCCCAGUUUAGCAAAGUUUUGCAGCUCGAUGCAGGGGUGUGCGUGCAGGGGUAUCGGCUUGGCAUUGCCAAGGAGCAGAGUCUGCAGCGCUAUUGCGCGAACCUGGAAGCCCUGGCGAUGCGCAGUGCAGGUUGCAACUCGCCCUCGUACCAGGUACACAUUGCAUGCCUUGGAAUAAUGCUGCAGGCUUACGGGGCACGGGCGAUUUCACCCUCAGACGUCGGCCAGCGGUGCCCUGUUGGCAAUCAGCGCAAGUUGGAUUUGCUGCAGAUUGUCGCUGCGUCGGUCAACGAUGAGACCAAGCUGUUUGGCAGCAGCCAGCGGUAA